CGAUCCACUUCAUUCCACCACGCACCGCACGUCCGCACCACACCACAUCCCCGCAUGAGCUGCGAGGAGAGCCAGAUGAAGGCGGGCCUCCCCUUGCCGGCGGCGCCGCCGCUGGAAGACGAUGACCUGCUCACCGAGAUCCUCCUCCGCCUCCCCCCGCUGCCGUCCUCACUCCCCCGCGCCUCUGCCGUCUGCACGCGUUGGUGCCGCCUCGUCUCCGACGGUCCGACCCCAAAUUCUUCCUCCGCUUCCGCUUCCGCAACCGCCGCAACCCUCCCCUCAUCGGUUUCCUCCUCAUGAAGGAGGGCAUGUGUCGUGUCUCCUUCGAACAUUCUCUGGACGCCCCCAAUCGUGUCCCCACGAAGCGAUUCUCCAUGAAGUACGACGACGGCGACCAGAUCGCCAACUGCCGCCAUGGCCUCGUGCUCAUCUUCCCCCGCGAGCGGGACCAGGUCCUGGUGUGGGACCCUGUCACGGGCGACCAGCACCGCAUUGCCGUUCCCUCGUGGCUUGACAUGGAGGAAACCCCAACCAAAGGGGGCGGUGCUUCGCGCUGCCGGAGUCGAUCACCACUUCCAGGUUGUCCUGGUAGCCAUUGAUGGUGCACGAGCCAUCACCUACGUUUACUCAUCGGAGACCGGCGUAUGGAGCAAUCUCUUGGAAGCACCGCUUCCAUACAAGCCUGGGGAUUCCCUCCUCUCAUCGGAGACGGUGACCGGCCUAUGGAGUUUCCUCGCCUCAUCUCCGGUGUUCUUUACUAGUAGGCCAACUGUGCUGGUUGGGGAUUCCCUUUAUUGGCUACUUUCCAAUGGCAUCCUUGAGUUUGAUCUAGAUAGGCAGAGCCUAGCUAUGAUAUCUGUGAGUGAGGACAUGCGUGUCAAAAGCUUCACCGACAUCUCGAUUAUGCAGGCAGAGGGUGGUGGGCUUGGUUUACUCACUCUGUCAGGCUUCCAUGCCCAAUUAUGGAAGAGAGAGGCCAAUUCUGAUGGUGCUGCUUCAUGGAUCAUGGGAAGAACUUUUGAACUUGACAAGCUAAUUUCCCUUGAUUCAGAGAAGAUGGGGCGCGUAUUGGUAGCAGGGUUUGCGGAGUACAAUAAUAUGGUGCUCCUGUGUACACCUAUUGGACUCUUCAUUGUCCAGCUUCAGUCAUUGGAAUUCAAGAAACUCUCUGAAACCUGCGUCCCCUUGCACUAUCAUCCAUUUGAAAGUGUUUACCCUGCAGAGACAUGCAUUGGUGGUGGACAUGAUGCAGCUGAUCUUCCACCAGAUACAUAAGAUGAAUCCUGCCAGAUUAUCAUAAUGUACUCGUUGAGCAGGUAUCUACUUAUAUUCUAGCGGCUGAGAUGCAGAAAUGGGCUUUUGGGUGUAAUUCCUUCCAUUCCUAUGCUCGAUGUGGAGUGCACUAGUAGGAAUCAAUAUAUUGCUUCAUUAGCUAACUUCUACCUGUCAUCUAAUUUACGUAGACAUUCGUCAACUGGC